CUCCAACUCCUUAUCAGUUGAGCCAUAGAAACCACACGAUGCAUCCACAGUUGGACUCUCCAAGAUUUAUCUCAUGUGCUGAUUUUAUCGAAGCGCUAGAGAAGUGUCACCAAAGACCGUUUGUUGAAAGGGCGUUUGGGGUCUGUAAUAACGAGAAGGAGGCGCUUUCGGCGUGUCUCCAUGAGGCCAGAAUGCACUCUCAGAACCUGCAAAUUGUGAAGAAGCAGGAGAAGGGGAAGGAGAUGAAGAAGAAGUGGGAAAAGCUCAAAGACGACGAGUAUGGAGAAGACCAGUUCUUGUUAAAACUGCUGGAGAGAGAACAGGCCAAAAAGGCGGAGAAGUGAGUGGGAUAGCAUGUCGAUAUGGACGUAAUUUGUGUACAUAGAUA